CAGUCAUGGCGGGAAGACUCUGCUAACGCACGUCAACAACCUUAUGCUAAGAAAGCAAGUCCAGUAACGAGAUUUCUGUCUGUUUUCCACACAAAGUAACUCCAGCUGUAGGAGAAUUAUCCGUGGCGGAGUUUACCUUCACAGCUUUUUACGUUUAAAGUAUUGCUACAGGUCUGACCAAACCAAGAGGAGUCAUGCAGGCAUUUUUGAAAGGAGCGACUAUUCAGUCUGCAAGGCCUCAAAAAGACAAGGCAGCAGCGGGGCCCAGCACAGAGAAGAAAGCGAAGGCUAUUCCCUGGGUAGAAAAAUACCGCCCAAAGUGUGUUGAUGAGGUGGCCUUUCAGGAGGAGGUGGUAGCUGUGCUGAAGAAGUCUCUAGAAGGAGCAGAUCUUCCAAAUUUGCUUUUUUAUGGACCGCCUGGAACAGGAAAAACCUCCACCAUACUAGCUGCUGCAAGAGAACUUUACGGUCCUGAGCUCUACAGGCAGAGGGUGCUGGAGCUCAAUGCGUCUGACGAACGAGGCAUUCAGGUUGUCAGAGAGAAGGUCAAGAACUUUGCUCAGCUCACUGUGGCUGGCACUCGUCCAGAUGGGAAGCCAUGCCCCCCUUUUAAGAUCAUCAUCCUGGAUGAGGCAGACUCAAUGACUGCUCCGGCUCAAGCUGCUCUCAGGCGGACCAUGGAAAAGGAGUCUCGAACCACCCGUUUCUGCCUCAUCUGUAACUACAUCAGCAGGAUCAUUGAGCCUCUGACAUCCAGAUGUUCAAAGUUUCGUUUCAAACCUCUGGCCAAUCAGAUCCAAGAGGAGCGUCUUCUGGAGAUCUGUGAGAAGGAGAAACUAAAAUACACCAAAGAGAGUAUAGCAGCAUUGGUGAAGGUGUCAGAGGGAGACCUGCGGAAAGCCAUCACCUUCCUCCAGAGUGCUGCACGCCUCAAUGUGGACAAGGAGAUAACAGAGCAGUGUGUCAUUGAAAUAGCCGGGGUCGUCCCUGAUAAGAUGAUUGACAACUUGCUUCAGAUCUCCCUCAAUGGAACAUUUGAGAAACUAGAUAUCGCAGUCAGAAACAUGGUGGAUGAAGGAUAUGCAGCCACACAGAUCCUGAGUCAGCUCCAUGAGUCCGUCAUAGAGCAUGACCUGAGCGACAAGCAGAAGUCAGCCAUCACAGAGAAGAUGGCGGUUGUUGGUAAGUGCUUGUCCGAUGGUGCAGAUGAGUACCUGCAGAUUCUGAGUCUGUGUUCAGUCAUCAUGCAGCAGGCUUCCCAGAACAACUAAAACCAGACAAAGAAGUGUCUUUUCUCUUGGCUCAAACUAGAAGAGCUCCUAGUGGGCCCAGCAGCCUCAUCAAGACAUCAGCACUUCACUGGGAUUCAGCUGGGUUUGAAAAAUGUAUCCAGGUGGUUCAAGACAAAAGCAAUGUCUGGGGUCAGAGGCCAGGUCAAGGUGUUUCUCUCUGUAUUUGAUUUAUCCCUCUGCUCAGACGGUGCGCUUUAAUGCUCUGUGAAUAUGCUGUUAAAAUAACUGCUGGUGUAAAGUCACUGAUCAGAUGUCUCUUCCUCUUCAUUCACUUAACUAAUAGAUUUUUGUACAUUUUCUCAGUUUGGAAAUAAAAAACAUUUUUGUAUCUUU